AAAAAACUGAAAGAUUAAUUUGAAGCGUUGAGAUUUGCGAUAAGAAAUCUAUAGUUUUCACGAUAAUAGAACAAGGAUGCGGAAGUGGAUUUGUUGUGCACCUAAACAAAAAGUCUCGGAUUCGUCAAAUGAUGGGUUACAUCUGAAAAGUCCAAAUCAUGCUGCUGCGAAGCCUGAGGAGGCACAAAGGGAGCCUCUUCCCAUUCAAGUUCCUCGCUUGUCAAUAGAUGAGGUUAAAGAAAAAACUGAUAAUUUUGGAUCAAAGUCAUUGAUUGGUGAGGGAUCAUAUGGAAGGGUAUAUUAUGCAACUCUAAAUGAUGGCAAUUCAGUUGCUUUAAAGAAACUCGAUGUUGAUCCGGAAGCUGAAACAAACGCCAAGUUCUUGAGUCAGGUUUCCAUGGUUUCAAGACUGAAGCAUAAGAAUUUCAUUCAACUGGUUGGUUAUUGUGUUGGUGAAAACCUUCGUGUCCUUGCUUAUGAGUUUGCACCUUUGGGAUCACUGCACGACAUUUUGCAUGGUAUAAAGAGUGAUGUGUAUAGCUUUGGGGUUGUCCUUCUAGAGCUUUUGACAGGGAGGAAGCCUUUAGAUCGUACAAUGCCACGAGGCCAACAAAGUCUUGUAACUUGGGCAACACCGAGACUCAGUCAAGAUAACGUGAUGCAGUGUGUUGAUCCAAAGCUAAAAGGAGAAUAUCCUCCUAAAUCAGUUGCUAAGCUAGCAACAGUGGCAGCAUUGUGUGUGCAAUACGAAUCUGAGUGUAGACCAACGAUGAGUACAAUUGUAAAAGCUUUGCAGAACCUUCUUAAACCUCGAGUACCAUAACAGUGUUGGAUUCUUUGUUCUUUCAAAGUGAGAUAUAGCCCUGGGCAUUUGGGUAUCUGAUCGAGUUUAGGUUCGGAUGUUUGAGUUUUCGGAUUUUCGGAUGUAAAGAUAUAUAACCCGAUUGGGUAUUUUAUAAUAUCGGGUCGGAUUCGGAUCAUAUGUCUUUGGGUUUGGGUAAUUUCGGGUAUACCCGAAUUCAUAAAAAAAAAAAAAAUCUUCUGUCCUGG